AUGCAAACUUUUCUUUACUUUUUUUUUCUCCCCCUUCCCAUUUCUGUUUUUGCAGGGGCCACUGUGAGAACAUUUACUCCCUUUUAUUUUGCUGUGGAGCCAGUGGACACCCUUUCAGUUCGAGGAUCUUCUGUAAUACUAAACUGUUCAGCAUAUUCAGAACCUUCUCCAAAAAUUGAAUGGAAAAAAGAUGGAACUUUUUUGAACUUGGUGUCAGAUGACCGGCGUCAGCUACUAUCAGAUGGAUCUUUGUUAAUUAACAGUGUGGUGCAUUCUAAACACAAUAAACCUGAUGAAGGAUUUUAUCAGUGCGUGGCUACUGUGGAAAGCCUUGGAACCAUUGUAAGCAGAACAGCCAAGCUCACAGUUGCAGGUCUUCCAAGGUUUGCCAGUCAGCCAGAAUCUUCCUCUGUGUUUGUUGGAAAUAGUGCAGUACUAAACUGUGAAGUCAAUGCUGAUUUGGUCCCAUUUGUGAGGUGGGAGAAGGACCGACAGCCCCUUGUUUUGGAUGAUAGAGUCAUUAAACUCCCUAACGGAGCGCUGGUUAUCAGCAAUGUUACUGAGAGAGAUGAAGGACUUUAUCGCUGUAUGAUUGAAAGUGGUGGGCCACCUAAAUACAGUGAGGAGGCUGAGCUGAAAGUUCUUCCAGAUUUUGAGAGUCCAUCUAACUUGGUAUUUUUGAGCCAGCCUUCUCCAUUAACCAGAGUUCUUGGGCAGAGUGCAGUCUUGCCAUGUAUUGCUUCUGGAGUUCCUACACCUGCCAUUAGAUGGACAAGAAAUGAGGAGGCCCUUAGCCCAGAAAGUUCUGAAAGAUUAAUGCUGCUGGCAGGAAGUAUCCUGGAAAUCAGUGAUCUUACAGAGGAAGAUGCUGGGACCUAUGCUUGUGUAGCUGACAAUGGGAAUGAGACAAUAGAGGCUCAAGCGGAACUCACCGUUCAAGUUUCACCAGAAUUCCUGAAGCAGCCUGCUAACAUAUAUGCACAUGAAUCCAUGGAUAUUGUGUUUGAAUGUGAAGUGACUGGAAAACCCAUGCCAACUGUAAAAUGGGUCAAGAAUGGUGACAUGGUUAUCCCAAGUGAUUACUUUAAGAUUGUAAAGGAACAUAACCUUCAGGUUUUGGGUCUGGUGAAAUCAGAUGAAGGAUUUUAUCAGUGCAUUGCAGAGAAUGAUGUUGGAAAUUCACAGGCUGGAGCCCAACUAAUAAUCCUCGAUCAUGAUGUUGCCAUCCCAACAUUACCUCCCACUUCACUGACCAGUGCCACUACUGACCAUCUAGCACCAGCCACAACUGGACCACUGCCUUCAGCACCGAGGGACGUCGUGGCCUCACUCGUCUCUACUCGCUUCAUCAAACUGACGUGGAGAACACCGGCAUCUGAUCCUCACGGAGACAACCUCACCUACUCUGUGUUCUACACCAAAGAAGGGAUUAAUCGUGAACGAAUUGAAAACACCAGCCAUCCAGGAGAAAUGCAGGUGACCAUUCAAAACCUGAUGCCAGAGACGGUGUAUGUCUUCAGAGUUGUGGCACAAAACAGACAUGGUUCUGGAGAGCGAUCCCUACCUCUGCGGGUAGAGACCCAGCCUGAGGUUCAACUCCCAGGUCCAGCACCUAACAUCCGAGCAUAUGCUAGUUCACCUACCUCGAUCACUAUCACAUGGGAAACACCUUUGUAUGGCAAUGGGGAAAUUCAAAAUUACAAGUUAUACUACAUGGAAAAGGGAGCAGACAAUGAACAGGAUGUUGAUGUUGGAAGCCGUUCCUACACUAUUAAUGGGUUGAAAAAGUACACAGAGUAUAGUUUCCGAGUGGUAGCUUAUAAUAAACAUGGUCCUGGAGUCUCCACACAAGAUGUUGUUGUCCGAACACUUUCAGAUGUUCCCAGUGCUGCUCCACAGAACCUGUCUUUAGAAGUGAGAAAUUCCAAGAGUAUUGUGAUUCACUGGCAACCCCCUCCAGUAGGCUCACAAAAUGGGCAAAUUACUGGCUACAAGAUUCGUUACCGGAAAUCCUCUCGAAAGAGUGAUGUUACCGAGAGUGUGGGAGGAACACAGCUCUUCCAGAUAAUUGAGGGUCUUGAUCGAGGUACUGAGUACAACUUCCGAGUGGCUGCGCUUACAGUCAAUGGAACAGGACCAGCUACGGAUUGGAUGUCUGCAGAAACAUUUGAAAGUGACCUCGAUGAAACUCGUGUUCCUGAAGUGCCUAGUUCUCUCCAUGUCCGCCCACUCAUUACUAGUAUUAUAGUGAGCUGGACUCCUCCAGAAAACCAGAACAUUGUGGUGAGAGGCUAUGCCAUCGGCUAUGGCCUCGGCAGCCCUCAUGCUCAGACUAUCAAAGUGGACUACAAACAGCGCUACUAUACUAUCGAGAACCUGGAUCCAAGUUCCCAUUAUGUGAUCACCCUGAAAGCAUUUAAUAAUGUGGGUGAAGGCAUCCCCCUCUAUGAGAGUGCAGUUACCAGACCUCAUUCAGAUACUUCUGAGGUUGAUUUAUUUGUUGUUAAUGCUCCAUACACUCCAGUGCCAGAUCCCACCCCUAUGAUGCCACCGGUGGGAGUUCAGGCUUCCAUACUGAGCCAUGACACUAUAAGGAUUACCUGGGCAGACAAUUCCUUGCCGAAACACCAGAAGAUCACAGACUCACGCUACUACACAGUCCGAUGGAAAACCAACAUUCCUGCUAACACCAAGUAUAAGACUGCAAAUGCAACGACUUUAAGUUACUUAGUGACUGGUUUAAAACCAAACACCCUCUAUGAGUUCUCCGUGAUGGUUACAAAAGGUCGGAGAUCAAGCACAUGGAGUAUGACCGCUCAUGGGACCACCUUUGAACUUGUUCCUACUUCUCCACCCAAAGACGUCACAGUAGUGAGUAAAGAGGGCAAACCUAGGACCAUAAUCGUGAACUGGCAACCUCCAUCAGAAGCUAAUGGCAAGGUCACAGGAUACAUCAUUUACUACAGUACCGAUGUGAAUGCCGAGAUUCAUGACUGGGUGAUUGAGCCGGUGGUGGGCAACAGACUGACUCACCAGAUCCAGGAGCUGACCCUCGACACGCCCUACUACUUCAAGAUCCAGGCGCGCAACUCCAAGGGCAUGGGCCCCAUGUCCGAAGCGGUCCAGUUCCGAACCCCCAAAGCGGACUCCUCUGACAAAAUGCCUAAUGACCAAGCUUCAGGGUCUUCGGGAAAAGGAAGCCGACCUCCAGACACAGGAUCUGACUACAAGCCUCCGAUGAGCGGCAGCAACAGCCCCCACGGAAGCCCCACCUCCCCUCUGGACAGCAACAUGCUCCUGGUCAUCAUCGUCUCCAUCGGCGUCAUCACCAUCGUGGUGGUGGUGAUCAUCGCCGUGUUCUGCACCCGCCGCACGACCUCUCACCAGAAAAAGAAACGAGCUGCCUGCAAAUCUGUGAACGGUUCCCAUAAGUACAAAGGAAAUUCCAAAGAUGUCAAACCUCCUGACCUUUGGAUCCAUCAUGAGAGGCUGGAGUUAAAGCCCAUUGAUAAGUCUCCAGACCCAAACCCAAUCAUGACUGAUACCCCAAUCCCACGAAACUCUCAAGAUAUUACGCCUGUUGAUAAUUCCAUGGACAGCAAUAUCCAUCAAAGACGGAAUUCAUAUAGAGGGCAUGAAUCAGAGGAUAGCAUGUCUACGUUGGCUGGAAGGCGAGGAAUGAGACCAAAAAUGAUGAUGCCUUUUGACUCUCAGCCACCUCAACCUGUGAUUAGUGCCCAUCCCAUCCAUUCCCUCGAUAACCCUCACCAUCAUUUCCACUCCAGCAGCCUCGCCUCUCCGACCCGCAACCAUCUCCACCUUCAGGGCAGCCCAUGGCCCAUUGGCACAUCCUUGUCCCAUUCAGACAGGGCUAAUUCCACAGAAUCUGUUCGGAAUACCCCCAGUACGGACACCUUGCCAGCUUCCUCGUCUCAGACGUGCUGUACUGACCAUCCAGACCCAGAGGGUGCCCCCAGCUCCUCUUAUUUGGCCAGUGCCCAGGAAGAAGGCUCCGGCCCCAAUCUUCCUACAGCCCACGUCCGGCCCUCUCAUCCCCUAAAGAGCUUCGCUGUGCCAGCAGUUCCACCUCCAGGGCCUCCUACCUAUGACCCUGCCUUACCAAGCACACCGUUACUGUCCCAGCAAGCUCCCAACCAUCACCUCCACUCCGUGAAGACAGCGUCCAUCGGGACGUUGGGGAGAAGCCGGCCUCCCAUGCCAGUGAUCGUUCCCAGCGCCCCGGACGUGCAAGAGACCACCAGGAUGCUGGACGACUCGGAGAGUAGCUAUGAACCGGACGAGCUGACCAAAGAGAUGGCCCACCUGGAAGGACUAAUGAAGGACCUUAAUGCCAUCACGACGGCGUGAGCGCCUCCAGCCAGACGGGACUCCAGACCCCAUUCCCGGAGCCUCGGCACUGGGCCUUGGAGCGAGGACUUGUACAGAGUAGGAGAAGCCAGCACACGCCCAGGUGACCCCGCGCCGUGCCGCCCGGCCCUCUGCCUCCGAGGCCUCGGGGAGUCCUGGGGAAAGGCCGCCUCCGGGCCGAGCUUCCCGCCAGGCUCCGCUCGGCACCGUGCUGGCGCCGCCCUUAUCGAGUAUCGGACCUUGGCAUUUGUGUACAAUUUAUUUGUUUCUUAUUUUAUUUUAUCUUUUUUUAAAAAAAAAAGGGAAAACCUUUUAUGUAAUCCAAAAAAGAAAGAAAAACUAGAGUGUUGUUUUCCACAGCCUGGCCUGACAUUUGACUGCUUGUUUCUCUUGUGUAUGGAAAAUCAUUGACAGUGUGGCUUGUUCUGGGGUUCUGUUUGUUCUGGUUCUGAGUGAUCUGUCCUCGCCAACAGUCAGUCCAUCACUUGGGAGGGAGGGGGGCCAGUGGGAGGGAUGUUGCAUUGCUAUUUGUAAGCUUUUUUAUUAUUAUUAUUAUUUUUUUAUUAUAAUUAUUAAAGGCCUGACUUUCUCCUCUCAUCACUGUGAGAUUACAGAUCUGUUUGAAUGAAAUGUAACCAUGAAA